AUGGCGCCUUCUAGAGGAUCAACGAGUACUACACCAUUGUCAAGAUCCAUAUCACGAUUGAGCGCUCCUCCGACUAGUGAGGAACAACAAUAUGCAGCAGAUCCAAUUAUACCUGUAACUCAAAUCAAGUCAAAUUUGACAUACGAAAGCAUACAGGAACAGGAAGACGGCCUUAUCCAACGAGGAAGGGGGAUGGAUCAAAUUACUGAAGGUGAAAAAGAUCAAGGAAAUCGAUCAACGUCAUUAUCGACUUCACAGACUUUCCCUUCUUCUUCCUCUUUACCCGCCGGAUGCUCAUAUGGACCUUUAAUCAAUCCGGAACUCCUACAGACGUUUAAUGUGAAACUAGAGACUGGAAUAUGGGAUGAAGAAAUCGAUAAAUAUAGGAUAUUAUGGGUUGAUUUCCCAUCCGCAUCACCUCAAAAUCCAUUUUAUUUCACUCAGACCAGAAAAUAUGGUAUAACUAUAGUUGCUACCUUAUUCACAUUGAUGACUUCUAUAAAUGUUGGUGCUUUUAGUAUAGGAAUGGACAGUUUGAUAAGGGAUUUGGACUGUACAAGGGAACAAGCAGCCAUCGGUUUGGGCAUAUACAACUUUGGUUUCGCUGCUACACCUCUGAUACUAGCUCCACUUUCAGAAGAAUUUGGUAGAAGAUGGACAUAUGUGGUCGCUGUGAUUCUUUAUCUCAUAUUUCACAUUAUGAUAGCUUUAGCUAAAAACUUGCCUACAAUGUUACUGGCUCGUUUAUUACAAGGUUGUUCAGGUUCCUGUGCGGCGACUUUAGUAGGUGGAACUAUAGCAGACAUAUACGUUCCUGCCGAUCGUGGAUUGCCAUCUGCAAUUUUCGCUUUUGCUGCUAUUGCAGGAAGUGGUAUAGGACCGUUCAUAUUCUGUUGGGUGGAAACAAAUCCCAAGUUACAAUGGCGAUGGAUAUGGUGGAUUCAGGCUAUGAUGAUUGCCGCUCUUAUCAUACCGAUCUUCUUGGUGAUGCGUGAAACCAGAGAGACUAUUAUUUUACGUCGUAGAGCUAAGAGAUUGCGUAAAGAGAGAGGAAUACAUGAUGGAGGGAGGUAUACGGCAAGAAGCGAAGUUCAAAAAGUCAAUUUCAUACAAGCUAUGACAUCGAGCUCUUUGAGAGCCAUUACUUUCCUGAUUGUCGAACCGAUCUUGUUGUUCUUCUCGUUGUGGAUGGGUAUAGGUUGGGGUGUGUUGUAUACCAUGAUCACCGGAUUAUCAUAUAAUUUCAAAGGUGUUUAUGGUUUCGAUACCAAUCAAGUUGGAUUAGCCUAUAUAUCAAUCACCGUUGGAGGAGUACUUGGAUUUGGGUUCAACUUUCUUCAAGAUGCAAUAUAUAGACGAAAAGUUGAAAAGAGAGGUAUUGAAGCUAGAUUAUAUGCUCCUAUGGUUGCUGGAUUAGCAUUGGCAGCUGGAUGUUUCAUUUUCGGUUUCACCAGUAUAUCCUCUAUUAGUUAUAUAGUACCUUGUUUCGGCAUAGUGAUAAUCAUCGCUGCGGUAUUCACAAUUUACAUUAGUGCUUUUGUGUAUAUCUCUGAAUGUUAUGGUUCAUAUGCUUCGUCAGCUAUUGCAGCACAAAGCUUUUUGAGGAACACUUUCGGCGGAGCAUUUACAUUCUUUACCCUUCAAAUGUACGAUGCUCUAACACCGAAAUGGACGACGUUUACUUGGGGAUGUGUAGCACUUUUAUUAGCAGCAGUACCAUUUGUAGCUUUUUACUUUGGACCUCGAUUGAGAGCAAGAUCUAAGUAUUCAAAACAAUUGAUGAAGGAAGAACAGGAAAAGAUCUUGAGGGAAAAACAGGUUCUGGAUGGUUUAGGAUGA